GAUAGAGUUUUAUACUCUCGUUCUUUUCCCACCAGGAGUCCCGUCUGGUUCUUCACCGACAACUUCUUCACAUCGAUACGCGGUAUUCUUUUUAUUCUAUUUUUUUUUCUUUCUUCUCUGCUCUAAGCAGCUCUGCCGAGUUCCUGUCGCAAACGCCGUCCCCCUCCUCGCCUCUCCGAGUCAACAAAGGCUACUCUAUCUCUAAAAGCCGUGUUGGCAUCUGUCACCAGCUUGCCCUCUUCGAGAUUCACUGCGAUACACUUUCUCUCCUCCAAGCGCUCCUUCAGCAGGCCUGCCGCCAGACACCGUUCCGGCAGAGCUCCGAAAAACAAAUUUGCCCUCAUUACCUCGUAACCCGAGGUUAGAGAUUGCUGAUCUUUCGACAUGGCGACAAUGCGAGGAAACGCGGGCGGCUACGGCAUGGGAGCCCCAAGCUACGGCGGUGGCAUGAACGACAGCUCCCAGGAGACCAAUACCCUGGAUGCCAUCAGGCAACACACCAGCAAGAUCGAGGACCUACUCGACAGUGCCGCCGAGCCGGUCAAGCCUUACCUCCCCGCAAUUGGCCGGUUUCUGAUCGUCGUGACCUUCCUCGAGGAUGCCCUGCGCAUAAUAACACAAUGGAGCGACCAGCUGCUCUACCUACACGACUACCGUCACAUCCCCAGCGGUCUCACCCACCUCUUCCUCAUCACGAACGUCAUUGCCAUGGCCGCCUGCUCCACGAUGGUUAUUGCCCGCAAGCACUCUGACUAUGCUGUCGGCGGCCUCAUCGCCGUCGUCAUCACGCAGGCCCUCGGCUAUGGCCUCAUCUUCGAUCUCAACUUCUUCCUGCGCAACCUGUCCGUCAUGGGUGGUCUGCUAAUGGUUCUCUCCGACUCGUGGGUGCGCAAGACCCAGGUCUUUGCCGGCCUUCCCCAGCUCGAGGAGAAGGACCGCAAGAUGUACUUCCAGUUCGCGGGCCGCGUCCUGCUCAUCUUCCUCUUCGUCGGCUUCGUGUUCAGUGGAUCGUGGUCCAUCGGCAGGGUUUUGGUCUCGAUCGUCGGCCUCGUGGCUUGCGUCAUGGUUGUGGUUGGCUUCAAGGCCAAGUGGAGCGCUACGCUGCUGGUGGUCAUCCUCAGCAUCUUCAACAUCCUGGUGAACAACUUCUGGACUCUUCACGAACACCACCCUCACAAGGACUUUGCCAAGUACGACUUCUUCCAGAUCCUGUCCAUUGUCGGCGGUCUCCUGCUCCUUGUCAACAGCGGCCCCGGCCAGCUCAGCUAUGACGAGAAGAAGAAGGUCUACUAAGACUGUGCGGGGGAUGUCAGCCGCGACAAGGCACUUCGCGGCAAUUAUGGUGACGGGUGCUGAAGGUUGGCUCAAGAGGGCAGGAUUGUCGAAGUCCUCCCGUAUGUAUGAGGUAGUGAAAACAAAAAGAAGAAAAAUUCCCACCAAAAACGGGUCUUAGGCUGGCAGGAUUAAGCAGUGGAUAUCAUUUCAAAAGGGCGUUCACGGUCAAGUGGGGCGAAUACAAAGUUUUAUACAUUGCUCAG